GUGGUUUUGGUACACAAAAUACCAAUCCGACACCAGGUUUUGGGCUUGCAGCCAAUCCACAAACAAGCACUCAAUUUGGAUUUGCAGGAAGCUUCUCUCAACCUUCACUGACAAGCACAAGUAACUUUGGUGCAGCAGUUCAAUCACCUGCUUUUGGCCAAUUUGGACUUUCGCAACAGGCCACAUCAAAGCCUUUAACGUUUGGUGGUUUUGGUGCUGGUACUCAAGCCACCCAAACAGCUCUUUUUGGAUUGAGUAGUGGAACACAACCCGCUCCUUCAAAUAUGGGACUAUUUGGAACUGGUGGUGUAGGGCAGCAAUCCACCUCAAAUGCAUUUGGAAGUAUCUUUGGUGUAGGAUCACAAUCAACCGCACCAAUUGGUGGAAAUGUUGGGCGAUCCAUGUUGCCGGUAGCGUCGAUGGCAGCAGGAAGUUCUAACGUUGGGAUGUCCAGUUCUUUAAACCAAGUCGGAUCUACUAUUAUCUCACAAUCACAAAUAUCUCAACAAUUAACACCAUAUGAAGAAUUAUCUCGACUAAUUAGUGCUUGGAGUCCUGAAACUGAAGUUCAAUUUUAUACCCCACCUCCCAGCAUGUCACAGGCACUUUGGAACGAGGCCCAAGCUAAUAAUCCAGACAGAACAAUGCAAGAGUAUGGAGCUAAACUUGAAGAUAUGAAGCGUAAACAUAAUUUAGAAACAUUAGUGAGGAUAGAAGAUCGUAAACGAAAACAUAUUGAAUUGACACAGAGAGUAAUUAAGCUUAUGAGGCGAAUUCAAGUGUUGCGAUUAAGUGGAACACUGAUUCGAUCCGAUGAAGAAGCUUUAAAAGGACGAUUAGAAGAUAUAAAGCAGCAACUGCAAAGGUCGUCGAGAAAACUUGAAACGCUCAAAACGCAAUAUAAUGUAACAAAACUACAAUGGGGGGUUCGAGAACCUCCAGUGACUCAUAAAUUUAAUGCAGUAAAUGAUAACCAAUUAGAGAACAUUAUAAAGGUGCUUGACACUGAACAAACAGGAAUAGUUCAUGAUAUUGAAACACUAAAGAAGGAUUCAAAAGACAUUGAUGUUAUUAUUCGCCACCUUAACGAU